AUGCACGAAAGCCGCACGGAAUUUGACCUCAAUUCGCUGCGCGUGGUCGACCUGAAAAAGAUCCUGCACAAGCGCGGCGUCUCCAUUCCCAGAAGCGCGCGAAAGGCAGAUCUUAUCGAGCUGCUUAAGGCCCAAACAAGGACCGUUGAGGGCAGGACAACGGAGCAAAAGGCAGACCAAAGCGGAAGUAGCGAGGAUGAGACUGACAUAAGCUCUGGGGCAGACGAGGAGCGGAAAGCGGGGGAUACAGAUCCCCCCGGGCCGGAACACAAGCCAGCUGCUGCUCGUGUUUCCAGCCCGCAGGUGCCCCCGUCAAAAGUGACCAAGCCGCGGGCCAAGAUCCCCAGGCCCAAGCGUGUUUCGAAUUUGCCGCCUGCGAAGGCCAGUUCUCCAGCCAAAGGAAAGAUCAAGAAUUUGGUGGGGCAAAGCGUGCCGCAGAAACGCAGCCUGGAAGACGGGAACGACGACGCCGACGCUACGGUGCACAAAGAGUACUCGAAGAUCUUGAAGAAACAGACCAACCACAAACGCGUUUUCUCCUCCUCGGCAGCAACUACGCCUAACAACUCAACAAUUGUGUCUCCAAAGAAACAGACGAAUGUCAAGGUGGAAUCAAGUCCAAGCUUCAAAAACGGGCACGAGACGCCGUCCAAGGAAGCCAGCCAAGAAGAAAAUACUGUGGUUAUCCACCCCAAGAGCGAAGCGUCUCAAACCCCGCCUCCUGCAGAUACGCACCACGACGAAUCCUUCGUGGUACCAACUCUACCCUCUUCGACGCCGAUGGUGUUUAACAGCCCUCGAAAACCGAUUCCUCCGCUCGAUGUUUCCGAUUUUGCUGCGCAGCUCCAAAAACUGUCUGGCCCUACAAAGCCAAUAUCCUUGGAUAGACCAGAGGAACAAAACUCGUCAAAGCCAGAGUCGCCAGAUAGCACCAAUGACGAGGAGGUGCUGACACAGCUGCAACAUGAGAUUGACGUCACUCAAGAACAGAUAGAGGAGAAAUCGAAACAGGCUCUAAAAUCGAUCGGGGCGGCUCCGCCAUCCAAUCUCGUCUACAGACUCGUGACUGCUUGGCUUUUGACACUGAGCCUGAUGUAUGCAUUCACAUCUUACCGCGAGCAACGGAUAAGAAUCGGUUUCUGCGGUUCUGAAGUGUACAGUCCGCUGUUUGAGUACGAUAGAAGAGCUCAUCCGGUAAUUUCUCAGUACUUGGACAAGAUUGAAAGCAUAUUCACGCUAUCCUGCGUUCCGUGUCCCGAACAUGGGCAAUGCUUCCCCUAUUCGAGACUCUACUGCGAUCCCGAUUACACCAUUUACAAACCACUCAAGUCGUUAUUUGGGAUCAUACCAACAUACCAGACCUGCGUUCUGGACUCCGUGAAGGUGAAAAAAAUCGACAAGAUGGUCAAGUUGGCAACCGAUCUGCUGAAUCGGCGAAACGCCGAGUACAAGUGUGGUAGAGGUGAAGACCACGAGGUCGGGAUGACCAUUCCACAUUUGCAAAACUACAUCAUCGAGACUUUUGAUUUGAAAGACGACGAUUUCGACUACUUGUGGGAGAAGACGUUUGCCGUGCUCAAACAGCGCCCGGAGCUCGUGAUUGGAGAUAACUUUAUUCGGUCAACCUCGCUGUCAAAGCUGUCAAUCAAAUGCAGACUCAUCAGGAUGUUCAUGGACGUGUUUGUCCGUCUCAAAUGGCACUUGCUAGCACUGGUGCUUUUUGCUUCCUUGAUAAAAUACAUGAGUGUCAAGUUCACCCAAUACAGGAACAAACGGAUCUUGGUGAACGAGCUGACGACGAAGACCAUUGAAAAGUUGCGCAAACAGGCCGAGCUGUACCGACUGGGCCAGUCGUCACAGCCUUACAUUGGCAAAAUCCAGCUGCGCGAUUACUAUCUGAUAGACGCCUCCCUGAGCGCAAAACAGAAAGCCAAGGUCUGGAACGAGGUCAGUAAACAUGUGGAGACCAAUUCAAAUGUGAAAACCUACAUGACGGAGGUGCGAGGCGAGAUGUUCAAAGUUUGGGAGUGGAUAGCCACCAUCUGA